CCAAAUGUGGGCCCGAACAUAACCAGGGCCUUCAACACAAGCUCAACCAGUUUAUUCGUGUCUUGGAUUAACAGUAUCCCACCCGAAAGCUAUGUUGGUGUAUUGACUGGUUACCGAGUAAUUUGGUCUGAGCAACCGGGUUCCAAAAAUAAAAGAUUGCGCGAUCUUGGACUUGAUGCAGUUAACUUUACCAUAACAGGGUUGAAGGCAUAUGGGUUGUAUAAAGUUCAGGUAGCUGGGAGGACGAAUGGCGGAUCAGGAACUUCAAACGAUCGAUACGUGAGAACAGAUGAAGACGGUGAGCAAUUUUUUUAAUUCCAAGUCAGUAACUGAAGUGCUUUUGGUAUUUGAAACUUAUUCAAAUUCGCUUAAAAUCGUGUAAUGAUGGUCAGUUCUUGCCAAAUUAACUAAGUUCAUCUUUUACUAAAUUACCAUUUUUACUUUUGUAUCCAUUCUAUUCUGUCAACGUCUUAUUCUUUAAUUAUUAUGUGAAAUUGUUGUUUUUCAGACAGGUUGUGGCUUUCGCACACAGAGUAGUCAAAUCAUUUUUUUUCCUCAAUAGAAAACUUCUCUCUGGGUAGUUUUACAUAGAUUUCAUAUUAAUGGUUGGUUUAAUGAGAAACAGAGAAGCGUGAACAUGCAUAAAGUAUGUUACAGGCUCAGUUUUUACAGCUUUCGUUUCACUCAUUUGUUGCUAGCAAAGCUUUGAAAUCUUGAGUCACUUGUGUUCCUCAAAUUGACAGGUGUGGCACAUGACACGUGUGUCACAUACUGGGCCUUGAGAUCAGUUUUGAAGCAGAUUUCACAUGUUUUAUAGUACCAUCAGCGGGGCCUGAUGAUCUGACUGUCACCGUAAUAAACAGCACAUCCCUAUUGGUGGAGUGGAAGAAUGUUGAUGUGUGCUGCAGAAAUGGUGUCACUAGAGGAUAUCACGUGUUACUCACAGACGAUGAUCAGCAAAAGAUCGUCGCAAAUUUGACGCUGUUUGAAACUGUUUUCUCAAUUGGAUUCCACGAUUUACUUCCCUAUUAUGCGUAUAAAGUGUCAGUGAAAGCCUUAAACGUGAAAGGGGUUGGUCCCGCUUCCACAAAUGUAUCUCUGACUGGUGAAGGAGGUAAGAAAGUUUUGUAACCAAUUGCUUGAGGAAGAGCAGCCUAAUAAUAUAGGAGUCAGCAAUCGAGUAGGAGGUGUGCAAGGAUCAUGAAACAAUUAAAAUCAGAGGACUAUUGAAACUAAGAAUCACUUAAUGAGGAAUUUCGUCGCUAACUCUGCCUGUUUAUUUUUAGUUCAUUUCUACUCUUUUCAUUUCCUUCCUUUUUUUAAGGCAUUUCGCUCUUUUUUUCUUUUUUCAUGUUUAGCGCCUGUUCAGCCUCCAGAUGUCACACUGGAAUUAAGCUCUGCCACCUCCAUUUCGAUUCAGUGGACGUUCAACAAUUCUGUCAGAAAUGUCUUGGGUGUAUUGUUAGGCUUCAAGGUUCGCUACAGAGCUGAAGGUGAUAACUUUGGUUUGGUGCAAACAAUUAAGGCCCAAGAAUCGUCCCUGACUUUGGAUAGCCUUACACCUUAUACUACUUAUAACAUAAAAGUGGGUGCAUUUACGAAGGCUGGUGAGACAAAAAGCAACGCUCUGAUCGCUCGCACUCUAGAAGACGGUAGGUCAUUCAGUUAUUCUGUAGAGAGCCGUUGCAUGAAAUCAUCAAUUGAUCUCUGCGACUUAGUUACUCGUUAAGAUGAUUAAAUUUGCACUUAAAUGAUGAAUCAGUUGUCUAGCCAGUGUGUUUACCCUCUUGUUUUCGUCGUCUCCGAUAAAUUCAAGGAUCGCUUAACUAGUAAUGUGAAUGAAUGUGAUUCAUAUUUUCAAAGUCCAGAAAGACUUUUAACUUUUUUACCUUUGUGCAACUAAUUUUGAGAGUGGUGAGCUUUGGUCCUCUUAUAACAAAGGACUUUUGCCCUCUCCAGUUGUUUCGGGCGUCGGCGUUGUGAUUUUAAUGACACCUUUUCCAUAACUACUUGUAAAUCAACCCCUCCUAACCCGUAUUUUGUCAACCGCUACCAAUGAAUUUUCUUCUGUGACCAUUCUCUCUUUCGAUUUAGUACCAGGAGCUCCACCUGUAAAUGUGUCGGCAACCAAUUCAAGUACGCUUGCGAUAAAAAUUAAUUGGGGACCAAUUGGAGUUGAAUUGCGCAACGGUAUCAUCCUGGGUUACCGUAUCAUGGUUGGGAUGCUGAACUCAACUUUAGAGCAUACCUUUACAGCUUCAUCAAACCAAACAGAGCUGCUUAUCAAAAACUUAGACAAAGGGAGAACUUACCGAAUCUCGGUAGCAGGGUUUACUUCGGUAGGAAAUGGACCACAAAGUGCGCCGGUCUUUAUCAAAACCGACGAAGAGGGUAUUCAUCUUUGUAUUUCCAUCUUUCUCUCAAUAAUUUUUUGA